AUGAUGCUGUCCGCCAGGCCCUCGAGGAGCGCCCUCAGAACCGCCAAUUGCUUGUCACAGCCCGGUAGGAGGCAGUUCUCGACCACCGUCGUCGCCGCUGCCCUCUCGCCGUAUAGGAGAGUCUCGCAGAAGAUUACGCUGGAUACCUCAAAGCGCGGACAGAGCACAGCUACCGCUUCCUCACCACAGACAAGGCCUAUUCCCAGCCCGGCAUUCAACCAGGAUGCUGACAGAAACGAGGUGUCUCCCCUGCACAGGAGGAAUGUCCCGGCUCUGGAUGACUCUUUCGUGGGGUUGAGCGGUGGCGAGAUUUUUCACGAGAUGAUGCUGCGUCUUGACGUUAAACACAUAUUUGGAUACCCUGGAGGUGCCAUCUUACCCGUUUUCGACGCCAUCUACAACUCGAGCCAUUUCGACUUCGUCCUCCCCCGACAUGAACAAGGUGCCGGUCAUAUGGCCGAGGGAUACGCCCGGGCAACGGGGAAACCAGGUGUCGUCCUCGUUACCUCGGGUCCCGGAGCCACAAACGUCAUCACCCCCAUGCAAGACGCUCUCUCGGACGGCACACCCAUGGUCGUCUUCUGCGGGCAGGUCCCGACCACCUCCAUCGGCACAGACGCUUUCCAGGAAGCUGAUGUUAUCGGUAUCUCAAGAGCAUGCACAAAGUGGAAUGUGAUGGUAAAAAACGUCGCCGAGCUUCCCCGACGUAUCAAGGAAGCCUUCGAGAUCGCUACCAGCGGCCGACCCGGUCCAGUCUUGGUCGAUCUCCCCAAGGAUGUCACUGGUGGUAUUCUCCGCAAGGCCAUCCCGAUGGCAUCCAGCAUACCCGCUCACCCCAGUGCGGCAUCCAUUGCGGCCCGUGAACUCAGCAGACAACAGCUGGAUGCCACCAUAGAGCGCGUGGCCAAGUUGGUAAACAUGGCCCAAAAGCCGGUUCUCUACGUCGGUCAGGGCCUCAGCGCUCGUCCGGAAGGGCCUGCCCUCCUGAAGGAGCUGGCUGAUAAGGCAAACAUCCCUGUCACCACCACCCUGCAAGGUCUGGGCGGCUUUGACGAGCUAGACCCAAAAUCCCUGCACAUGCUGGGUAUGCACGGCUCCGCCUACGCAAACAUGGCCAUGCAAGAAGCAGAUCUCAUCAUCGCCCUGGGAGCCCGCUUCGAUGACCGUGUUACCGGAAACAUUGCCAAAUUCGCCCCGCAGGCCAAGGCCGCUGCCCUCGAAGGCCGCGGUGGUAUUGUACACUUUGAAGUGAUGCCCAAGAACAUCAACAAGGUCGUCGAAGCCACCGAGGCCGUCGAAGGUGACUGCGCCGACAACCUCGCCAUCCUCCUCCCACACAUCAAUGCCGUCCCUGAACGACCAGAAUGGUUCGCACAGAUAAACGACUGGAAAGCCCGUUUCCCGCUCUCUGCCUAUGACCGCCAAACCCCCGACAGCCUGAUAAAACCACAGGCGGUCAUCGAAAAACUCAGUGAGCUGACCGCCCACCGCAAAGACCAGACUGUCAUCACCACCGGUGUCGGCCAGCAUCAAAUGUGGGCUGCCCAGCACUUCCGCUGGCGCCAUCCACGCACAAUGAUCACCUCCGGCGGCCUAGGAACAAUGGGAUACGGUCUCCCAUCUGCUAUAGGUGCCAAGGUAGCUCGCCCAGAUGCCCUCGUCAUCGACAUUGACGGCGACGCCUCCUUCAACAUGACUCUCACCGAGCUCUCGACUGCCUCCCAAUUCAAUAUCGGCGUCAAAGUCAUUGUUCUAAACAACGAGGAACAAGGAAUGGUCACUCAAUGGCAGAGUUUGUUCUACGAGGACAGAUUCGCUCACACCCAUCAGAAGAACCCAGAUUUUGUAAAAGUUUCAGAAGCCAUGGGCGUUCAGGCCCGAAGGUGCUUGAAACCCGACCAGGUUGAGUCAGGCCUGCAAUGGUUGAUAGAUAGCGAGGGACCAGCACUGUUGGAGAUCAUGACCGAUAAAAAGGUUCCUGUCUUGCCCAUGGUGCCUGCAGGAAAGGCCUUGCAUGAAUUCUUAGUAUAUGACGAAGGUAAGCUUCCCUACUUCGCACUUAAACCACCAUAG